AUGGCAAGUUCUGCCUCUGUGGAGACGGUGAUGUCCUCCGCGGCUCCAAAGACUCUGGCCUUCUCCAUAGAGCGGAUCAUGUCAGGGAGCUCGGAGCCGAAGAGGGGCGCAGAGGAGCGGGCAGAGGGCAAGAAGCUGCUCGGGCUCUGCUCCCCGAUCCCCUGCAUGAUCCCCCUGCAGCCCUUCAGCUACGACCUGCAGGCCAAGGCUCUGAUGAACUACUCGGAGCUGUGGAGAGCCAGUUUUAGGGGCACUUUCUGCGGCGCUCCGUGCAAAGGCAGCUGCGCCAUGUGCGCCAAAGCGGAGCCAGGAUUGAAGCAGCCUCUGCUGAGUUCAGGGGGCAGGCUGGUGAAGCCGCAGGUCAUCCAGCAGGCCGUGGCCGUGCCCAGCGGAGGCUCCCUCUACUACCUGAACUACCUGGACUCUGCGUACCAGCAGUCAGAGCUUCUGGCCGGACACUGGUUCUCCAGCUCGCAGGCCCAGGCGUCUCUAUCCGCACACCACAGACUCUUACUGCUGGAGAACGCCAAGCUGGCCGCGGACAAGCUGCCCACGCCUCAGUACCCGCACAAGGAACAUCUGCCCGGGCAGCUGGACCAGAUCGUGAAGGAGAGCCAGCACGGCCUGAGCGCAGACAAGAGCGCAGUGAAGACGCACAGCAAGCUGAGCAGCAGCCCGGCAGACGGAAAACCCAAAAACUUUACAUGUGAAGUCUGUGGAAAGGUUUUUAACGCGCACUACAACCUGACCAGACACAUGCCUGUGCACACCGGGGCCCGGCCCUUCGUCUGUAAAGUGUGCGGGAAAGGAUUCCGACAGGCCAGCACGCUGUGCAGACACAAGAUCAUCCACACGCAGGAAAAGCCUCAUAAAUGUAACCAGUGCGGGAAGGCGUUCAACAGAAGCUCCACGCUCAACACUCACGUACGGAUCCACGCAGGGUACAAACCUUUCGUCUGUGAGUUCUGCGGGAAAGGAUUUCACCAGAAAGGAAACUACAAGAACCACAAGCUGACGCACAGCGGGGAGAAGCAGUACAAGUGCUCCAUCUGCAACAAGGCCUUCCAUCAGAUCUACAACCUGACCUUCCACAUGCACACGCACAAUGACAAGAAGCCCUUCACCUGCGCCACCUGCGGCAAGGGCUUCUGUCGCAACUUUGACCUGAAGAAACACAUCAGGAAGCUGCACGACAACGGCUUCAGCGCGACCGCGGAGGCCUCCAGAGAGCUGCAGAGCUGAGGGUCGCUGCUGCUAACGUCCCACCAUCCACCUCAGACCGGGAGG